AUGCGUGCUUGUAGAGCCGCCAUCCGAUAGCGGGGAGCACCGUCCGAGGUCGCUGCGUAGAGAAGAAAUCGAGGGGGUGAAGACGGUGAAUGGAGCAAACUGUAUGGGGUCACUUGCCGCUACUGGUGAGGUCUAAUUCCAAAGAUUCCGUCGAAUACAUUCUUCAAGCUCUAUGGAGAACCCGGAAAACCGGCCUGGACGCCGCCGACCGCCGUGUCAUCCUUAACAUGCUCCAGCUCCCCAACGACUCCGACCUCGACCCUCUUCUGGUGUGUCUUCGAAUGUUAAUAAGGAGGUGUGUUUAUGAGAAUAUCAGCAAGGAUGAUAUCCAAAAGCUGUUUCCCGCUGAGGUGCUUCCUGAAUUGCAAAGACUGUUGACACUUCUUUUGCAGAAAUUCCAACGAGAGUGGCAAGAAGAUGUGCUGAAAGACCAGAACACUGUGCCUCGUUUAAAGGCAAUGACAUGGAAUAUGGCAAAUCCAGACAAAGAAUCAACAGACCCUUCAGCUGUUAUUAAUCUGAAGCUUCAAAAUGAUUCUCCAUUACAUUUGGGAGAACUGGAUGUAAAGUUCCUGUUGGCUAAAGAUAGUCUAGAGAUGAUGCUGAAAUCCAUGCACAGCAUCAAAGAUCAGUAUCCAACAUUGGUAAAAGAUGUGGCUUCAAAUGGACAUUAGUACCAGUAAAGUGGGAAACCAAUGUAAUUGUUUCCAGUAGUUCUUUCAUAGAAUGGUAUGCUUGAAAUAUGUUGCUUUUACGUUUCACUUGGCUUGCUUAUCAGUGGACAUAGCCGGUCUAGUUACCAGCUAGAUAUAACAUUUAGAGUUUGAGAUUUUAAUAUGAGUGUUGGCUAUCUGCUUAAAUGAAAAUGCAUUUUCUUCA